AUGCAACCACAUCUCAAGGAUCAAUUAGUUGAACUGCGACUCUGUCUCAAGGCACUGCCAACCGAUAUUCCUAUUCCAGAGCAGUCAAAGUACAAUUUUUCUAACUUCAGCCCGGACGCUGAUUGGACUGCAGAGAUUGGUGAGGUUGGUGCUGUCAACCGAGAGCUAGAGGUUAGGUUUGGCAACCGUGUCAAUGGCUUGAAACUUGUAGAGCGAGGCCCAGAGACGGAAGCCAUAGUGGAUGUGUUCGAAACAUGGAUUGAAAAAUAUCCGGGUGAUAUCAUCCUAGAGAAGUGGGUGACUGAUACUCUCGGAGCUGCACGAGGUCUCAUUCUCGCGACCGGACAAGCUUUACCGACAUCUUCACAUGAGGUUGAAUUGUCGUCUCGCAACCACCCAGACAUUGAACUCGUGCCGAGUGGAUCAAAAACAUCUCACAGCCCCCCGCCGAAUAAGUCGAAGGCAUCGAAGAAGAAGAAAAAGAUUGUCGAGUCCAACAUAUCCGUCAUGCACCUAUACAGAGACGCCGAACCAACACCUGUAAAGGGGAAAGGAGGUGCCAAAGUUGAUCCUUUGAUGGAUCUUGUCUCAGUCAAUACAUACCUCAAAAGUAACCCUGAAAAGUUGAUUGUUCGGUGUGCUGGAGCUGAACAUGGAUGUGCAACCACCUGGGCUGCACCUCGCUGGAAGACCCGAGUAUUCGGACACGCAUUACAAUGCGGAAAACUCGACAAAAUUGAUUUAACGCUACGUGACCGUGUUCGCACUGCCAUGGCUAAAUAAUCCUUAGGGGGCCGCAUUGAAAGUCAAAGCCUGGUAGUGCUGACUGCGGAGUACAACUCACCUGCAUCCACCCGAGUUACCAUUGCACCCACAUCUUCCAGUGCGCCACUGCCAGUCAAACAAACAUCAAUAUAUCCAUCGCAGCACAAGGCACACAUUUCAGC